GACCAAUGAAACCAAAGCAGAGGCUCGGCGUAUAACAGCGAAGAUUGACGUGGAGGACGCGUCAAAUUAAUUCCAGCAAACUCCGGACUUCCCGGGAUCACUCCAAUUUGCUUUUAUCGGAUGAAGAUCACGUUGGUGCCACUGUACCUCACAGCAGUCACUCGCUUCUAAAAAAAAAAAAAAAAAGAAAGAAAGAAAGAAAGAAGAAGAGGAAGAAGCAGAAGAAGGGGGCGCGCUACACUCGCCGGAGAAUUUUUAAGAGGUCCCUUUUUCCUCUUCUGGGGCUCAUUCCUCCCGUUCCCCUUCCUUCUCCUGCUUUCGCUCGGACGCGUUCAGCCAUUUGAAGGGGCACCUAUAUGUCCCAGCAUCACGACACAUAUAGGCAAAUGGAGCAAACCUAUGGAGAGGUGAACCAGUUAGGCGGCGUGUUCGUCAAUGGGCGACCCCUGCCCAACGCCAUACGGUUAAGAAUAGUGGAGCUGGCUCAGCUCGGGAUCAGGCCCUGUGAUAUAAGCCGACAGCUGAGAGUCUCCCACGGCUGCGUGAGCAAGAUUUUGGCGAGGUACAACGAGACGGGCUCCAUCUUACCCGGUGCCAUCGGUGGGAGCAAACCGCGGGUCACGACGCCUAACGUGGUGAAGAAUAUCAGGGAAUACAAACAAAGCGACCCCGGCAUCUUUGCCUGGGAGAUCCGGGACAGACUUUUGGCAGACGGAGUUUGUGACAAGUACAACGUCCCGUCGGUUAGCUCGAUCAGCAGGAUUUUACGCAACAAGAUUGGAAAUCUCUCCCAGCCUAACCAGUACGAGAGCGGCAAGCAAGCGUCCGCGCAGGCCGGCCUCUCCUACAACCACAUAUACCCUUAUUCCUACCCCAACACCAUGUCGCCCACUGGCACUAAAAUGGGCAGCCCUCCUGGAGUACCGGUGACGGCUGGACAUAUGAGCUUAUCCAGGGCAUGGCCGUCUGCGCACACCGUCAGCAACAUCCUCGGUAUACGAGCCUUCAUGGAUCCUGCAGCCAUCGCUGGGGCGGACGGAUACCCACCAAAAAUGGAGGAAUGGAGCAGCGUCAACAGAGCAGCUUUCCCCGCGGCUCACGCGGUCAACGGGAUCGACAAGUCAGCCCUCGAGGCCGACAUAAAAUACGCACAGCCCUCCUCCACGCUGUCCGGUUACGUCUCGGCGUGCGCCUACUCUCCCACCAACCAGUACGGGGUGUACAGCGGGCCAGCGGGCGGCUACGUGGCCCCGGGACACCACCACUGGCAGCCGCAGAGCCCGGCCCUGUCGCACCCAGGCAGCGGGAUGGGCAUGCACGCAGGAGAGAUCCACUCGCCGAUGACCUUCAAGCAUCAGGCCCGAGAAGGAGACAGAAAGCCACCCAGUCCCCUGAGCAAGCAGCAGCAGCAGCAGCAGCAGCAGCAACAUGAAGACUUGAACAGUGUGCACGGACCCAGUCUCCAUACCUCAUCGUCAUAACCGGGAUUUACACCACCUUAAUUACCAGAUCCAUUUAAUUGAACUCAUUUCAGCAACUCCAACAGUAAGUCUGAAACACUUUACGGCUUGUGUCUCUCUCCCCCCCCGAGUGUUUGCAGCUUACAGUCAAACACAGGCCUGUCCACAUUCACUAUGAGUACAGUAUAGCUAUAUCGGCCUUGGUGGCCAUAUGAAUGUAAGCUUGCAUGGAUGUAUCGGUGCUUCCCUUCAUUGGUUGACAGUUUUGUUUUCUCCAUUGGAAUAUUUCGUCUGUGUUCUCUCCUGGAGGCUGUCAGGAGUAAACAAAAAAAAAAAAGAAAGAAAGAAAGGAAAAAAAAAGAUUUUUUUUUGUCAGUCUGAGUUUGUCGUCGAUGUUUUAUUCCUAAAACCACAGGGCUACUCUGUAAUCCGCCAUGUUAUUAUAUGAUCUGAAUUUGUGGCCAUGAUCUCUACAGUGACUCUACGAUGUGAACAAAGAGAUAAAUUGUCUAAAUGUAAAAUAUUUGCCAAAGCUUUAAUUAUAUAUUUUUAUAAUUUCCUGUAAAUAUUCAAAAAUAAAGGCUUUGUUAAACGCCA